GCCGGGACGGGGGGAGAGCAGGCGAGACAACUUCCCCAGGGGCACGGAGGCAGCGCCUGCCGAAAGGAAGGGGCUCUCCCCCGGCACCGGCCGCUCCCCCGAAGAUGGAAGUCAGGCAUGACUGGCUCUCCUCAUCCCCUCAUGAGGGCUUCGAGCAGAUGAGGCUGAAGAGCAGACCCAGGGAGCCUUCCCCAAGCCUCACCAGAGUAGGUGCGAACUUCUACAGCACUGUCAAGCAGCAGGACUACAGUGCCAGUGUCUGGCUGAGGAGAAAAGACAAACUGGAGCACUCCCAGCAAAGAUGCAUUGUGAUCUUUGCACUGGUAUGCUGCUUUGCAAUUCUGGUUGCACUGAUAUUUUCGGCAGUGGAUAUUAUGGGAGAAGAUGAGGAUGGACUCUCAGAAAAGAACUGUCAAAAUAACUGUCGGGUUGCUCUUGUGGAAAAUAUUCCUGAAGGGAUCAACUAUUCAGACAGUGCACCAUCCCAUUUGUCUCUUUUCCAAGGCUGGAUGAAUUUGCUUAAUAUGGCUGAAAAGUCUGUUGACAUAGUAUCUUCCCAGUGGGACCUCAAUCACAGCCAUCCAUCAGCAUGCCAGGGUCAGCGUCUUUUUGAAAAAUUGCUUGAGCUGGCGUCCCGAAAUAUUGAGAUAAAACUAGUGAGUGAUAAACUGCCCGUGGAAUCCAAGGUAUUAAACGACUUGAAAACAAAGGGUGCUGAAGUGCUGUAUAUGAACAUGUCAGCAUAUAAUGAAGGUCGGCUGCAGUCAUCCUUCUGGAUUGUUGAUAAACAGCACGUAUACAUUGGAAGUGCCAGCCUAGACUGGAGAUCGUUGGGACAGAUGAAGGAACUUGGCGUCAUCGUAUACAACUGUAGCUGCCUGGUGCUGGAUUUACAAAGGAUAUUUGCCCUGUAUAGCUCAUUAAGGUACAAGAAUAAAAUACCUCCGAGUUGGUCUAAGAGACUCUAUGGAGUGUACGAUACUCAGAAUAAACUGACACUGCAGCUGAACGAGACAAAAUCAGAAGCUUUUGUGUCGAACUCACCUAAACUCUUCUGCCCCAAGGACAGAGUACUGGAUAUUGAAGCUAUCUACAGUGUUAUAGAUGAUGCCAAACAGUUUGUGUACAUUGCUGUCAUGGACUACUUGCCCAUUGUCAUUGACACCAAUGCUAAAAGGUACUGGCCUUAUUUAGAUGGGAAGAUAAGAGAAGCUUUAGUUUUACGAAGUAUUAAAGUACGACUUCUCAUAAGUUUCUCGAGAGACACAGAUCCCCUUACUUUUAACUUUGUUUCAUCUCUGAAAGCUAUUUGCACUGAAGUUCCAAGCUGUAGUUUGAAAGUUAAAUUCUUUGACCUUGAGGAAGAGAGUGCCUGCUUUCUUAAAGAACAGAAGAACACUUCUCUCCCCAAAUUGAAUCGUAACAAAUACAUGGUGACUGAUGGAGCUGCAUAUAUUGGUAAUUUUGAUUGGGUGGGAAAUGCUUUUACGCAGAAUGCUGGAGCUGGCCUUGUUAUCAACCAAGCAGACGCGGGGAACAGCACAAGCAUCAUUAAGCAACUCAAGGCUGUUUUUGAAAGGGACUGGUACUCACAUUAUGCCAAAAGUUUACAACCAACAAAAAUCCCAAACUGCUUUAACCACAAACUCAAUAAAGGAACUUCAAAUAAGACUGCCAUGAGCAAUGUGAAUUAGAAAGACUAUUUUACCCUUUAGUAUGGCAAUGAAGAAUUACGUUGGGGUGUAGCCUUCUUUCAUAUUUACACACAAAAGACUU